GAAGGAAGCGCCCCCUUCUCAAGCUUGUAGUUGUACCUUCCUUGGGUCACGGAUCGCUGCUUUCGCUCUCCUCUCAUUCACAUUCAUAUAACGAACUCUUGCCCCUCAUUGCACUCCUCAGUGACCCGACAUGCCAGCGCGGAUGACAGCGACGAAAGGUACUGCGACAUCCGCGGGUGUCAAGUCGGCUAUGCGUCAGACUGCUCGCCCAUCAGUGUCCAAAGGCAUUGACUUCAACGAGGACCAAGUCGACGAGAUUCUAAACGACGAGGAUGAGCAAGAAGGGGAUGAGAAUGGCAUGUUGGAGAUGCUGAGCAUGUUGCAGGAACUCCAGAAACGCAAGGCGUCCAAGUCCUCGACGCGUUCGGUGGCAUUCCAGACGAAGAAGAGCGCACUCUUCACCGACGUCCGGGCGACCGUCGACACGAUCGUGCGCGAUGGCGCCGCAUAUAUUGACCAGUGCAAGACGCGCCUCGUGGAGCUCAAGGCACAGGAAGUCUCUCAAGAGAAGAAUUUGCAGAGCCUAUCCGCGCUCCGGAAGAACCAAGAAGAUACCGUGCGCAACUUGCUCAAGACGUACCCUACUUUGAUCGAAGACCUCUCCCACCGUCGAUCCGCCCAGAUCAAUGAGGCCAGUGCACUGCUCGAAGGACAUGCCCAGGAACGUCAAGAAUCUCGCAAGAGACUCAUCCAAUUGGCGAAAGCAAGGGCAGAUGAGAUACUCGAGAGGCAGAAGCUGGCGACGGAUGCCAGCGCUCUUAUCAAGCACUACAAGGCCCUGCUAUUGGCUUGACCUGUCCAUGUCCAAUGAUCGGACACAGCGUGUCACAGCCCGCGAUGCUGCCGCGGAGAGAAGAGACCAGGAUCAAUAUGUAGAAUUAGUGUACAUCAAUGUGUCCGGAUUCUACUGGAUAGUCAUCAGAGGAGUGCUUCGUGCAAGGCCGAACGGUUCCUUACCAAGUCGU